AUGGUGCAGAAGAGCAAAAAAUUGCUUCCGGUUGAUUGGCUACCCGGAUCGGGUGGGGAGAUAGGGCGAAAAGUGAAGGAAAAAUCGAGUGCAAAGGGAAAGCUGCACCCACGCAUAGGUACGGGGAAAGGAAGAACGGGAAGUGUUCGCGCUAAUACUGCACGAGUAGGCAUAAAUGGAGGAGUUUCCACAUCCAUAACCGAUGCCGACAAAAGUGGGCUUGCAGGGCUAACCACGGAUCAAUGGCAACGACCGGUGGAGAUGCUCGAAUAA